GUGUGGUUUUGAGAGGAGGCGUUGGGGGUCUCCGGUCGUUGUCACCUUCCCGCUGUGCUGGAGCUCACCGGAGCGGGCCUGGAAGGCUCACACCUCAAAGGACGCGGUUGUUCCCCCCUGCGAGGGACCCCCAGGGCUGUCCGAGGCCACACACUGCCCCAGCCGUCCCCACGAGCGGGGACACCCGCAGGGCUCUCCCCGCUCGGUGUCACCCAGCCCGGCCACCGGGGGCUGGCCCGGGGGUGCGGGGGCCUGGCUGGGAGGGUAACGGGGAUCAGGGGCUGCUGCGACACCGGGGGACGGCUGUGACCGCACCGUGGGACCGGUCCCGGCUGAGACCCGGGCGAGAGCACCGAGGCGGAGACCCGGCAGCGGCUGCUGCGCACCGUGAAGAAGGAGGUGAAGCAGAUCAUGGAGGAGGCUGUGACGAGGAAGUUUGUGCAUGAGGACAGCAGCCACAUCAUCUCCUUUUGUGCCGCCGUGGAAUGCUGUGUGCUGUUCGGGCUGAAGCGGAGGGCGGCCGGGUUCCUGCGCAGCAACAAGAUCGCAGCGCUCUUCAUGAAGGUGGGCAAGAGCUUCCCCCUGGCAGAGGAGCUCUGCAGGAAGGUGCAGGACCUGGAGCAGCUCAUUGAGAACGCGAGAAACCAAGCCCAGGGGGUCCCGGAGAACGUGCGCAAGGUGCCGAAGCUGCCCAACCUGUCUCCUCAGGCCAUCAAGCACCUCUGGAUCCGCACAGCCCUCUUCGAGAAGGUCCUGGAUAAAAUCGUGCACUACCUGGUGGAGAACAGCAGUAAGUACUAUGAGAAGGAAGCUCUCCUGAUGGAUCCUGUGGAUGGGCCAAUUCUAGCAUCUUUAUUGGUGGGGCCCUGUGCACUGGAAUACACCAAGAUGAAGACUGCUGACCACUUCUGGACAGAUCCCUCUGCAGAUGAGCUGGUCCAGAGGCACAGGAUCCACAGCUCCCACUGCCGCCAGGACUCGCCCACCAAGCGCCCGGCGCUCUGCAUUCAGAAAAGACAUUCCAGUGGCAGCAUGGAUGACAGGCCCUCCCUGUCUGCCAGGGACUACGUGGAGUCCCUGCACCAGAACUCCCGAGCCACGCUCCUGUACGGCAAGAACAAUGUCCUGGUGCAGCCGCGAGAUGACAUGGAGGCAAUCCCGGGGUAUCUGUCCCUUCACCAGACUGCUGACAUCAUGGCACUGAAGUGGACCCCCAACCAGCUGAUGAACGGCUCCGUGGGGGACCUGGACUAUGAGAAGAGCGUGUACUGGGACUAUGCCAUGACCAUUCGCCUGGAGGAGAUCGUGUACCUGCACUGUCACCAGCAGGCAGUAGACAGUGGUGGCACGGUUGUCCUGGUGAGCCAGGAUGGCAUCCAGAGGCCACCCCUGCGCUUCCCCCGUGGAGGACACUUGCUGCAGUUCCUGUCCUGCCUGGAGAAUGGCCUCCUGCCCCACGGGCAGCUGGAUCCACCCCUCUGGUCACAGCGGGGAAAGGGAAAGGUGUUCCCCAAACUGAAGAAGAGAAGCCCCCAGGGCUCCUCGGAGUCUGCAUCCGACAAGGAAGAUGAUGAAGCCACGGAUUAUGUCUUCAGGAUCAUCUACCCCGGGACACAGACGGAGUUUGUGCCCCAGGACCUGAUGGACGCUCCAGGGGCUGUCCUGCCCCCCAUGUGGCAGCCCAGCACCCGCAAAUCCUCCUGCUCCUCCUGCUCCCAGAGCGGCUCCUCCGACGGGGGCCCGGCCAACGGCUGCAGCCACGAGAGAGCUCCUCUGAAGCUGCUGUGUGACAACAUGAAGUACCAGAUCCUGUCCCGGGCCUUCUAUGGAUGGCUGGCCUACUGCAGACACCUGUCCACGGUGAGGACCCACCUGUCGGCGCUGGUGAACCACAACAUCGUGUCCCCUGAUGUCCCCUGCAGCGCCAGCGCGGGGCUCACCGUGGACAUCUGGCACAGAUACCUGCAGGACAGCUCGAGUUACGAGGACCAGGAGCUGCUGCGGCUGAUCUACUACGGCGGGAUCCAGCACGAGAUCAGGAAGGCGGUGUGGCCCUUCCUGCUGGGCCAUUACCAGUUUGGCAUGACAGAGGCAGAGAGAAAGGAGGCUGACGAGCAGACCCGGGCGUGCUACGAGCACACCAUGGCAGAGUGGCUGGGCUGCGAGGCCAUCGUCCGGCAGCGCGAGAAGGAGUCCCACGCCGCGGCCCUGGCCAAGUGCUCCUCGGGGGCCAGUCUGGACUCCCACAUCCAGAGGAUGAUGCACAGGGACUCGACCAUCAGCAACGAGUCCUCACAGAGCUGCAGCUCCGGCCGGCAGAACCACGCCCGGCUGCAGAGCGACUCCAGCUCCAGCACCCAGGUGUUUGAAUCUGUGGAUGAGGUGGAACAGACUGAAGUAGAUUCUCAGCUGGAAGAUGGCAAACAAAGCAAGAUCCCCAAUGGGACAGUCCCCAACGGCACGUGUUCCCCUGAUUCUGGGCACCCCUCUUCCCAAAACUUCUCCAUCACAUCGGGGUUCUCGGAGCGCAGCUUCAGCAACGAGGACAGUGCCCUGGAAACCACCAAAUCCUCCUCCAGCUCCCAGGGAAAGGCUGCUGGCUCCGACCUGCCAGCCCCACCAGACACAGACGGUGUCCAGCAGGAGAAGCUGCAGGGCCAAGACAGCCUGGAAGGUGAAUUUCCCACUGGUGGCAGCGUGGAUUUUGUCCCCAUGGGUGAGGGCUCGGCGGGGCUCCUGCGUGACAGUGACACUGUGGCCCUGACUGUGGUGGAGAGCUGGGCAGACAGCGAGGCUGAGAAGCAGAGCCUGGUGGAGAGUGAGGACAACCUCUCAGAGGAGCCAGAGAUGGAGAGUCUGUACCCACAGCUGGACUCUCUGACUGUGACUGAUCUGACCAGCAGUGAACCAGCUGCUCUCUCCUCCACGGGCGUCACCUACUCUCCAGAGCUGCUGGACAUGUACACGGUGAACCUGCACCGCAUUGAGAAGGACGUGCAGCGCUGUGACCGCAACUACUGGUACUUCACCCCCGCCAACCUGGAGAAGCUCCGCAACGUCAUGUGCAGCUACAUCUGGCAGCACAUUGAGAUUGGCUACGUGCAGGGGAUGUGUGACCUGCUGGCCCCUCUCCUGGUCAUCCUGGAUGAUGAGGCUCUGGCUUUCAGCUGCUUCACCGAGCUGAUGAAGAGGAUGAACCAGAACUUCCCCCACGGAGGAGCCAUGGACACUCACUUUGCCAACAUGAGGUCUCUGAUCCAGAUUCUGGACUCUGAGCUCUUUGAGCUGAUGCACCAGAAUGGGGAUUACACUCAUUUCUACUUCUGCUACCGAUGGUUUCUCUUGGACUUCAAGAGAGAGCUGGUGUAUGAUGAUGUCUUUGCUGUCUGGGAGACCAUCUGGGCUGCUGCUCACGUCUCCUCUGCUCACUACGUGCUCUUCAUAGCCCUGGCCCUGGUGGAGAUGUACCGGGACAUCAUCCUGGAGAACAACAUGGAUUUUACAGACAUCAUCAAGUUUUUCAACGAAAUGGCCGAGCGCCACAACACCAAGCAGAUCCUGAAGCUGGCUCGGGACCUGGUCUAUAAAGUGCAGACUCUGAUUGAGAACAAAUGAAGGAGCCGGGGCAGACGAGGCACCCAAAGAGCCAGGACUCCCCUCCGACGCCUCCUCCCUUCUCCUGUUUCUCCAAGUGCCACACCCGUGGGACUCAGGUGGUGGGACAUGUGCUGCUAUGUGAGCUGGGAGUCCCCUGGGCUCAGCACAGGCCCAGGCUCAGACCUUCUGCAGUGACUCAACCAAAGAUCCCUCCAGGUGUGUUCCUGUGCUGGGAGCAGGACCAGGCAGUGGCUUCCUGGCCUCGGAGCAGCUGCCGUGGCCACCAAAACUGCCCAGGCAUUGCCACAUCCCAGGGUGGAGCUCGGGGGCUGGGGGAGCAGGGCUUGGUAGCACAGAGGCAAAGCUGAUUCCUUGGAAAGCUGCUUCCUUGGGCAGCCCUUCCCUGUGGUGUGGGAAGGCAGCCAGCCCUGAGAGCCCAGGCAGUGCAGGGAUGCUGCCAGUUCUCAGCUUCUCACCAACACAAUGAGGUUGUGCCAGUAAUGGGGGGCACUUUGAUCACAGAAAUUCCUCUUUUGAUCUUGUCCCUCAAUGCAUUGCUUCCCCCUCAGUAUUAUCUUUUCUUAGGGCUCUGUUUUCUCCCUGGGAUUUUACAUUGUUCCUACAAUAUCUGAGCACACAAGAGGUUUGUGUCUGGAUGGAUUUUCAGAACAGCUCCAAAUUCAGCAUUGGGGUUAUUUUUCAAAAUCCAGCCUCUUUAAUGUUCUCUGAACACUGGGAAAUCUGGUCCUGACCUCCUCUGGGAACUCCAGGCUGGAGGUUUUCUUACCUGCCUUACUUUAGCUGCUUGUGGUAGGAGUCUGGUCUCUUGUUGUUCCUCUGAGCUCUUGUGAGGGAAGGGCUCAGAAGCAAGUCAGAGCUCCUGAUUAUCCUGACUUUCCCUCUGACAGCUUCAGGGCUGGCUGUUGAGUCCCUAAACCCACUGAGCAUCUCCAGUUUGGUCUUGGUGGGCUUUCCCCACAGGCCUGUGAGAGGAAAAUAGCCCAAGGUCCCUGAGUGGGCUUUGCUUUGGGAAGAUGCACUUGUGUGGCCACUUUUCCUGCACAGCCUGGAGCCCACUGCAUGAAGUGCCUCUCCAGCUGCUGUGUCCCACACAGGCUGCCCUGCAGAGGCUUCGGAGUCAUUUUUCAACUCAGGUAAAAACAAUACAGGAAAAGGAGAGGGGUGGGUGGAUGGAGGGUCCAGCCCAGCCCGGGAGGGCAGUGCUGGGCUGGAGCUCUCUCUGAGGGUACUUUCUCUCAAGUUUUGCUGCAAACAUUUGUGUUCCCCCCUGGUGCAAUGUGUGCUGUGUGUGUGCUCUCCUCUGGCCCUGCUCCUGCCUUGCUGCUGGAGUGCUCCCACAGGAGGGAAAGGGGGCCUUCCUCCCCCUGUGGAACAUCUGUCUGUGCUGGUUUGUGUUGGCUCGUGGCACGUGUCAGAUGUUGCUGGCAGAAAAAAGGUGGUUGUCAGUGUGCACAGGAGAAAAGUGCUGCUUCAGGGAAGGUCUGAGCAGCGUGGUGCAGUGGUUUGCUGUCUGUGAGCAAAUCAGCAAUUUCUGUAUUCUGGGACAUGGAGGUCAAAGCUGGAAAGGGCAGUGGCACGUCCUGAACCCUUUGGGGAAGGGGCUGGGGAAGGGGGAGAGCAAUGGGCAGCCCUUCACUCCUCAUAAUCCCAAAAGAUGUGUACAACAAUCUGGGAAAUUCCCUGAAGCAGUAAAACCCCAAAGGGUGCUGGGCUGCAGUAGCACAGGAAACAAAGAGCUUGAGAUCUGCCAGUUCCUGUGAGAAUCUUUCAUCUUUCCACCAAGCAAGAGUGAAAAGCUCGUGUCCUCCCUCCUUCCAGGCUGCUCCUGUUCCCCCAGGGCUCUAGGAAGGUCUGUCACCUGCCUAGAGGGAAAGGGAAGUGUCUGUCCUCCCUUUCCUGAGGGCCAGGGACCUACAGGUCACCUCAAACACCACCUGACCAAGCAACAUUGCUGACACUAAACCUUUCAAGCUUCUUUCCUUGGUUUUUAAACAAAAACAGCCAAGAAAUUCUGCACAAUAUUUGCUGUCUGUAUUAACUGAGAGUGUCUUUGGGCCGCUCAAUAGCAGUGUUUUUUUUGAAUAAUUUCUUGGGGGGGGAAAAAGUAUUUAUUUAUUGAUUGUACCUGACUGUGUGUCCUUGUGUGCUGGCGUGUGAGUGCGCUCUGUUGUGCAAAUGGAGAUAGAAAUUUUCAAUGUUAUUUACGAUAUCUUGUAAAUGUUUACCAGAGAAUCGUGUCUAUAUAUAAUAUAUAUACAGUAUAGAGAGAAAAUAUGUCAACUAAGUGGGUUAUUUUUUGAGGGGGGGGGCGGGUGAGAAAUCUUUUGCUUCUAAGAACUGUGUGGUUUCUAUAGCACCUAUUCCAUGAUGUGCCAAUCUGUCACUGUCCCUGUGCUGGGAGAGCUGUUCUGGUGGGGCAACAGGAAGCUCAGAGCAGAGCCACCAUCACAACCUCAGUUUGGCUUCACCUUGGUUCUGACUUUAAGACUGGACAAGAGGAAAAAAAAAAGAGGGAACACUAAUAUAAAAAAGAUAUAUUUCAGCUGUAUCCUGGGCAAGUUCUUGUGCAUGUGGGGACCCACAGGGAGACCCCACUAGGAGCCUGGGGCACUCUUUGAUGGUUAAAAGCUGUUAAGAAGCUGAAAGACAAAGGUUUUGCUGUGGAGCUGUUUGUGGGUCUUCUCUGGGCUCAGCCUCUCCUGCCCCCCUGCUGGAUCCCGAUGAGAUAAAGCCUUGUUCUGGAAUUCUGACAGGGCGGUCGUGGUGCUGGAAGCCAGCAGGGAUCUCUCCCAGCUGUGCAGCCCGGGAUGGCCUGUUUGCCACGCAGGAGAAGCCUGUCACCAGGCUUGUCCAUAUACAGUAAUCUUGUCUGGCCCCUUGGGGAAGAGGAAUGUCUCAUCCCAGCAGCUCUGUGCAGCUGAAAUCCUCCCCCACAAUGGCACUGCCAGCCCAGGACUAUUUUAGCCUCUUGUUGGCUCUGUGGGAACAGGGGCUGGAGCUCUGUGCCUUAAACUGACAGAGGGCAGGGUUAGAUUGGAUUUUAGGGAGAAAUUCUGCACUAUAAGGCACUGGCACACCCUGGAUCCCUGGAAGUGUCCCAGGCCAGGUUGGACAGGGCUUGGAGCAACCUGGGCUGGUGGAAGGUGUCCCUGCCCAUGGCAGGGGGUGGAACUGGGUGAUCUCUAAGUUUCCUUCCAACCCCAACCAUUCCAUAACUCCAUGCCUUCUGAGGAGAUUGCUGCA